AUGAGUAAUACGGAAGAUAAAAAUGAUGAAGAAACUCAAGAAGUUGAGGAAAAAAUUGAUUGGGAAUCAUUGUUAAAUGCAGCAAAUGAUCCGGAUCUUACCGAAUUCUUUCAAUCACCGAUCGAUGAUGCAAUCAAUAUUCUCAAAAAAGGACGAGAAAUCCAGAAAUUAUCGAUAAUUCGAACAUUAAGCGAUUUGCUGGAGACCGAUGGAGAUCAAGUUGUCGAAAAGAUCAUGCCAGUUGUUCAACAAAUGUUGGAUGAAGAAUGUGCAAAUUUGGAUAUACAAUGUGAAGCAGCGGUUGCCUAUAAAAAUAUUUAUCGAAAUAGUAAACUUACCGCUCGUGUUUUAGGUAUUAGUGAUGUAAUUCUCAAUGGUAUAUUGCAAAAUGCGGCACAACAAAAGGACAAUUUAAUGGCAGCAGCAUGGUUGGAAACGCUUGUUGAAGUGAUCGAUCAGGCGCCUGUAUCGCAACUCAAACAACUUGUUGUACCACUGACAAUUGCGCAAGCUGAAACAUCACAACGAGCACAGCGACGCAUACUUGCAACUAAAUUGGUUAAUAAAUUGUGUGGAAAUUUGGAACCUAUCGAUAUUCGACGUGAUAUUAUACCUUGUGUACAAAUGCUUUGUAAUGAUCCCAAUUCGAAUGUGCGAAGCUCUAUGGUUCAACAUCUGGCUGUUGUUGCUGAAUCGCUAAGGAAUCGAAGUGAUUGUGGAACAACGUUAGUACCAUGUUUGGUGCAACUAUGCAAUGAUACCGAAAUUGGAACACGUGAAGCGGCAUUGAACACAAUCGCUUCCUGUAUCCCAUUUCUAUCAAAAGACCAACGUAAAUGUUCAAUCGUUCCACUGUUGAGGGAUUCCAUCGAGCAAGCGCUAAGUGCUCAAGAUGAAACACUCCACGUGGUAGCUAAAAAUUUUGGCCAAUGGAUAGAUUUAUUGCAGGAUGUGCUAACAGUAAGGGACUAUAAUUGGUUUUUGGAUAUUUAUGUUCAAAUUGCCAAUCUAUCACGAUAUUCAUCAUCCAAUGACGAUAAUAGCAAUUUAUCGAAUAUUCAAACAUCAGUUAGGCGCAUGUGUGCUUACAAUUUCCCAUGUAUGGUAUUGAAAUAUGGUGAGAAUUUCUUCAAAGGUCGUUUGUUACCAAUUUUGGAAGCUUUUUGCGCUGAUCCAGACGAUGAUAUUCGCUCUUCAACAGCUGCGGGAUUUCAUGAGGUUGUAAAACUGAUUCCAAAUGAGCCAGCUCUCUUACCACCAUUUUUUGAGCUGAUUCGUGGAAGUUCUGCUGAGGUUGUUGGACAUUUGAUGGGCAACCUUGAUCGAAUUCUUCCAGCUCUCUACAAAUGUAUUUUCGAGCAAAAUAAUUGUAAAAUCAGCAGAUUACAAUUGGAUCAUAUAAUAAUAGGAUGUAAUCGACUAAUACGUGGAAGCAGUUCCUGGCGAGCGCAAUAUUCAUAUCUAAAAAAUAUUGCCGUGCUACGACAUUUAAUUCCUGUUAAGGAUCUCUUUAUCUCCUUUAUUCCAAUGCUCAAACAGGAGGUGCUAACAGCGCGAGCGAUUCCAUGCCGUGUCGCCGCUUCGAUUACACUACUUCUAUUUAUGCGAGAAAAUCCUUGCGAUGCUGAUCGUCAAUCAAUUAUCGACUUCUUCAUUCACUCAAUCGCAAAGCAUCAGAAUUGUCAUCGGCGUCGAUUAUUUUUGGACAUAAUUCCGGAAAUUAUCGCCAAUUUUAGCUGCAAAUUUUUCCACGCACAUUUUUUGACUUCAAUUUUGGCAAUGGCAAACGACAAAGUCACAAGCAUUAGAUUACAACUUUGUCAUAUGCUUCCAAAAAUAAAAACAAAUUUAUAUUUGCCUGAGGAUGAGGAGAUUUUGCGACAGCUUGAAGGAAUUAUUCGUGAAUUGCUUUCCAAAGAGCAAAAUUCAUCAACACGACAAUUAAUUCAAACAUAUGCAUGUGAAUUAUCACGAACUGAAACUCGAAACAAGAAUGAUAAAUCAGAUGAAUUGAAACAAAAAGCUGAGGAUGAAAUUUGGAGUCAGAAAGAAGCAGUUCUGGAAGUUUUCGAAGAAGCAAACAAUGAUACUUCAAAAGAGCAGCUUAAUCAAAAAAGAAUCACUGAUAAAGACACUAAUCGUUUGGAUAAGAAUCUUUGGCGUACACAUAAACAAAAUUCCAAAAUGGCUAUUGUUCGGCCACAACCACAAGUUACUGUUACACAACGUAGUCCAAGCCCGAUGCCACAUAGUUUUAGAACAACAGUGGAAGAACGAAAAUCACGACUACCACUGGCUACAUCACAAAAUAGUAAAUUUUUAGACACAAAGCAAAGAAAAACAGCAACAGCAUUAGCAGUUAGGACCACUUUACCGCUAGAAAGUGGCAAAAGCAAUACUGAGGUGACAGCAAAAUCUCGUCUUUCAGCAAGUCGUAAAAAUCCAACAACUUUAGCCCCAAAACCUCCAACUGGUUUAAGUGCUGAUAAGACAAAUGCAUCAUCAUUGAAAGCAAGUCGUCCCUCAGUAACUUCCGUUAUGUCCCGUUCAGUAUCAUCAUUAAACGAAAAAGGUGGUUUAAUUCCAUCACGAUCCACUGAUUCUGUCAUGUCAUUUGGUCAAAGUCUUAUCAAAGUUCGCAGUUUUUCAAAUAUUGCCAGAACACCGACCCAUUUAACCAUGAAAGUGAAAAGUAUUAAUUAA